GGGAUAGUGAGAGCGGUCGGUGAGAGCUGGUAACACGGCGGGGCCGGGUAGGGGGAUAUAAUAACCGUUAUCUGCUGCUUAACGACAUCACUGGCAAUGACUAAUAAUAAAACCCUCUCUGCCAUUAGACAGUGCUGCCCGGCUGGCUGAAUGUUUAUAACCCUGACUGCCUCUAUAUAAGCGGCUCAUAGCAAUGUACAUCAAUGUGUGUAUGUUUAUAUAUAUAUAUAUAUAUAUAGGGGAUAAUCCAGCUAUCAGUGUAUAUAGGGGAUAAUCCAGCUAUCAGCGUAUAUAGGGGAUAAUCCAGCUAUCAGCGUAUAUAGGGGAUAAUCCAGCUAUCAGCGUAUAUAGGGGACAGUCACUGCUAUCAGCGUAUAUAGGGGACAGUCACUGCUAUCAGCGUAUAUAGGGGACAGUCACUGCUAUCAUCGUAUAUAGGGGACAGUCACUGCUAUCAUCGUAUAUAGGGGACUGUCACUGCUAUCAUCGUAUAUAGGGGACUGUCACUGCUAUCAUCGUAUAUAGGGGACUGUCACUGCUAUCAUCGUAUAUAGGGGACUGUCACUGCUAUCAGCGUAUAUAGGGGACUGUCACUGCUAUCAGCGUAUAUAGGGGACUGUCACUGCUAUCAGCGUAUAUAGGGGACUGUCACUGCUAUCAGCGUAUAUAGGGGACUGUCACUGCUAUCAGCGUAUAUAGGGGACAGUCACUGCUAUCAGCGUAUAUAGGGGACUGUCACUGCUAUCAGCGUAUAUAGGGGACUGUCACUGCUAUCAGCGUAUAUAGGGGACUGUCACUGCUAUCAGCGUAUAUAGGGGACUGUCACUGCUAUCAGCGUAUAUAGGGGACUGUCACUGCUAUCAGCGUAUAUAGGGGACUGUCACUGCUAUCAGCGUAUAUAGGGGACUAUCAGUGUAUAUAGGGGACAGUCACUGCUAUCAACGUAUAUAGGGGACAGUCACUGCCAUCAGCGCAUAUAGGGGAUAAUCCAGCUAUCUGCGUAUAUAGGGGAUAAUCCAGCUAUCAGCGUAUAUAGGGGACAGUCACUGCUAUCAGCGCAUAUAUGGUGGAUAAUCCAGCUAUCAGCGUAUAUAGGGGACUGUCACUGCUAUCAGCGUAUAUAGGGGACAGUCACUGCCAUCAGCGCAUAUAGGGGAUAAUCCAGCUAUCAGCGUAUAUAGGGGACAGUCACUGCUAUCAGCGCGUAUAUGGUGGAUAAUCCAGCUAUCAGCGUAUAUAGGGGACUGUCACUGCUAUCAGCGUAUAUAGGGGACUGUCACUGCUAUCAGCGUAUACAGGGGACUGUCACUGCUAUCAGCGUAUAUAGGGGACUGUCACUGCUAUCAGCGUAUAUAGGGGACAGUCACUGCUAUCAGCGUAUAUAGGGGAUAAUCCAGCUAUCAGCGUAUAUAGGGGACAGUCACUGCUAUCAGCGCAUAUAUGGUGGAUAAUCCAGCUAUCAGUGUAUAUAGGGGACUGUCACUGCUAUCAACGUAUAUAGGGGAUAAUCCAGCUAUCAGCGUAUAUAGGGGACAGUCACUGCCAUCAGCGCAUAUAGGGGAUAAUCCAGCUAUCUGCGUAUAUAGGGGAUAAUCCAGCUAUCAGCGUAUAUAGGGGACAGUCACUGCUAUCAGCGCAUAUAUGGUGGAUAAUCCAGCUAUCAGCGUAUAUAGGGGACUGUCACUGCUAUCAGUGUAUAUAGGGGAUAAUCCAGCUAUCAGUGUAUAUAGGGGAUAAUCCAGCUAUCAGUGUAUAUAGGGGACUGUCAGUGCUAUUAGUGUAUAUAGGGGACUGUCAGUGCUAUCAGCGUAUAUAGGGGACUGUCGAUGCUAUCAGCGUCUGUAGGGGACUGUCGAUGCUAUCAGCGUCUGUAGGGGACUGUCGAUGCUAUCAGCGUCUGUAGGGGACUGUCGAUGCUAUCAGCGUCUGUAGGGGACUGUCGAUGCUAUCUGCGUCUGUAGGGGACUGUCGAUGCUAUCAGCGUCUGUAGGGGACUGUCGAUGCUAUCUGCGUCUGUAGGGGACUGUCACGGAUAUCAAUUUAUAUAGGGGAUAAAUGCUGCCAGAUCAGCCCAGUAACAUUUCAGGACUCCUUUUUUUUUUAAUUAAACUUAUUUAUUUCAAGAUACAGGUUCUAGUAAUAAUACAUUAACAGUAAAUAUGAUGGCACCUGACAUUACCCAUGCCCUCUGUUACCCUAUACCAGUGGUUCUCAACCUUUGUCACUCCAUGGUGGGAAUGUAGGUCUUGCUGGAUGGAGAUAACUAGAGCUGUAUGAUACAACAGCUUUGUCAAAGGUUUGUCAUUACUGCUAUUUAUAAAAUAGUAAUAACAAUAAUCGGUUAUCAGUCCCAGAGAGUGCCUGUUUCCUAUAAUUGUUUUUGGUUUACAACAGUGCAUUUAGGUACCAUAAGGUGUAACACAUUCAAGCCAAAAUCCCUUACUGCUUCCUUGUACAAUGCACUAUUUAACACACAGGAGUGCUGGCAAGUUGUAUGGUAGAGCCUAUGGAUUUUCACAGUCUGCAUUCCUUUUAUUUUUUUUUAUACAAUUCUGUAAAUCAUCCUGUUUUCGUUUUUUGAUUGGCAGGUGUUAAUCUUUUUGAUGUUUGCAGGUAAAGUGUGCAAAGAAUGAAUAAGAUCUCAAAAAGUGCGGAUUUCGUAAAACUGACAUCAUCUUUUGAGGCCGUAGAGAAGUUACAGUCAGAUCUCAAGGUGAGUUUUGAUUUGUUGGGUUCUCAAGCUUCUUUCUGUUAACUGUUCCAGAGCCUUUUCUUGCGUGGAGUCAAAUGGCAGACCAAUUCAUGCAGGGAAUCAAAGUUAUGUAAUUCAUUCUUUUACACGUGACAGAACCACCCACCGUUGUUAUGAAUGCAAUUGAUUGGGUUUAAUAGAUUUGUACCAAUUGACAUUCAGUAUAACAGAAUGACUGUUUAUUUACAUUUAAUAGAUUUUUUUUUUUUUUACAAACUUGUCUUUUACGUGGUGUACUUUAUCAUUUGCAUGACAAAAUAAUUAAUCUUAUUGCCACUUUUAUUCCUGUUCUGGAUUUUUUGCUUAUACAUUGGAAGUGAUAAAUAUUUUGGCAACCGUAAUUAAAUAGGCUCAUACACAGCAAAUUGCAAUGGCAUUCUAGUAACUACAUUUUAUUGUGUAAUUUUAUGGGAGUGCAUGUGAUCAUCUUUAGAAUAUGUAUAUUUUUGCUUUUACAUGUUGUGUGGUUUCUUUUCUAUAAAUGUUUGGCAUCUUCUCUAAUUAUGGUCUGUUGAUAAAGAUUAAAAAUAUGUUUGUACUAUUUUGCAUCUUUUCCAUCAAUUUGCCAUUGCCGUCACUUAGAUUUGAUUAUAUUGAAAUUUAACUUUAAACCAAUAGAAAUAUGAUCAUUGGUAGUACUGGCCGUAUUAAAUUAUGCAUGUAACAUUUUCUAUUCUCUUGCUUUUCAGUCAUGCCUGUCAGAUGUCCCUUGUGAUCAGUUGUCCUCUGAUCGUCUGUCAGAUCAGCGAGUGGUUUGCGAUCGAGUCCUUCGAGCCUGUAACCACUGGGCUGGAGAUGCAUCAUGCCGUGGACAGCACCUGCAGAGCCUUACCCCAUUGGCAGAGAUUGCGUGUCAUGGAUUUCGUGCCUCCACCCUCCAGAAUAACUCCUUCUAUUUGGAGAAGAUUCUCUUUCACCUUUUGAAAAACGUAUCUGCACGGGACUCAUCCUAUCAAUCCACCAUUCAAUUAUCGAACCUCUUGUACACAUUUCUUAUAAAGUGCCCUGAAGAUCUGAAGGUUGGGGGAGACUACGUUGCUUUGGCUAAAAGCAGUUUUCAGUUCCUGUGGAAAGCAGCUGGAGACCAAGAACAGAAGAACAAUCCCUGUGCCUGUAACCAGGAGAUCUUGUGCCUAAGAUUACAUGCCCUGCGCUUUCUCAUCCUGGUUGAACGAUCUCCAUCACACACAGAUUCCCCUCUAACUAUAGCACGUCAUGUGAAAUUUGUAACUAUAGCUUUUGAGUCUAAGGGCAAAUCAUGUAGCAAGGAGGAUGUCUGCUUUUUAAAUAACAGUGUUGAAGAUCUGUUGGUAAAGCCUUUACUAGAAGCAGGGACUCUCGCCAAUCCAUGGGCUCGUUGCUUAGUGGAACUGACUGUACAUAGAUGUCGCAGUCUUUGUAAGCGAAAUUGCUUUCAGCAGGGAAAAGAUGCGCUGCAACAAGCAUAUUCUUAUUUGAAAAGUGGUGACGGAUGCUGCUUAGCUGGGCUGACACUUACAAAAUUUGCACUGGAGAUACAGGAACAGGGUAGAUCACGAGGAAUUGGAAAAUGUUUAGAUGAGAUGGCCAAUGCCGUUCUCAAAGUAGAUUCUUCAGGGGAAGGGUGGCUUUGUCAGGCAUUGAGCGAGUGCAUCCAGUUUGCUGUCUCUUGUGUGGAUGGACAUUUCAAAUCAACUGCAGAUUCCAGGACUUUGUGUCUUAAGGAGGUCUUAAACUUGGCCAGUUUCCUCAAAGCACACUACUACCUUCUAGAGAAACAAAUGUCUGUGGUAUGUAACUUUUUUUUUUUUUUUUAUGGCUAUAAAAUUGAGCACUUUCUAUUUGAGUAAAAAAAGUCUUUUAGAAAAAUGCUAGGUCUUUCGUAAUGUUAUUAUUUUUAGUUUUUUGCAUUUUUUCAGUGCAUUUGAACAUUACAUACAUGCCAGAGGUGCCCCAACAGCAGUCCUCAGGCUCAUUAGCAGGUUAUACAACUGGGGUAUUGGUUGAGUCAAGCACAAUUUUAUAAUAUAAAGCACAAGUCAUGUCGAGUAUUACUAGCGAGAUUGUUUGCUUAAACAUGCUGAUUACGGUAGCCUAGUACUGUCGACCAAACUACACAUUAUGAUCUUGUAGAUGAGUAACAAUAGUAGAUACAGCGAGAUACGGAGUAUUACAGGCUUGGAGCAUAAAAGUAGGGUUGUGUUACGUUAGCUUAGGCUUCAUGUUUGGGCUAUAAGUGUGGGUAUCCACGGGUUUCCAGAACCUGGUUUGUGAGCAUGUGGUACCUGUCAGCAGUUACUCACCCAGACUGGUAUGGAACUGGGUGCUUCUAGUGUGAGUGCAUCUGUCAGAGCCACUGUGUCCUAGUGCCAGUUGUGUGUUUUGGCAUUGUCUGCCAUGUGCCAUGUUAUGUACAUGUAAUAUCGGGGGGGCACAGGACAGUCCAGCAUGUCCUACUUGGGAUGCGAGUCCUGGAUCAGCUGAUGCCCCGGCUGGUAGCAGGCUUAGGGGGUUGAGUGGCAGCAAGAGGCAGAGUUCAAGUAGUUCCUCCCUAUAGCCCGGGCCAUCAUGAAGUCCUUCACCUGGAGGCCAUGAACUUGAGUUCUUCCCUAUCAGGGGACUGCCGUGGACCCUGAUGGAGAUUCACCGUCUCUGGCUGGAAAAUGUUCCUGAUUGCUGUUACAUUAGACAAGCGUUUUGGGGAACAGGAAGCGUUAUCUACCUAACCUCCUUAUCUAACGUUCCAUUUGAAUAAGGUGGUGUUAUUGCUGUGCUCUUCUUCUUUAGUUUUGCCCACAGAGAAGCACAGGUACCGGGUGGCUUGCGCUCUAGUAAUUCAGGAUGGCAGGUCUGAUGUCUCAUUACUGCAGAGCGCGCAGCAAGUAAUGUUUUUAAAUGUUUGUAACAGACAAAGCUUAGCUCUGCUACCUGGUGGCAGGUGCCCCAGUCCUGGAGCCUCCAAAGCACCUGCUAGCUUCCCUCCUACCCAGUGACUGCCUAUGUGCAGUUGCAGGUAGUUUAAAAUUUGGUUUUAUCUACUCCCUUUCUAAGAGCAUGAUUGGACAUUUUCAGCCCUGAAUUAUUAUAAUAAGUCACCUGAACCUUCAGUGUCUCUUUCAAGAAGAAAAUGGGGAUAGAGUAGAGGGGAGUUCGGCGUUCAGGGCAAAGUUAAAUUGACAAGAUUAUGCAUAUAUACAACGUUUGUUUAUUUGUGUAGCUUCACAGAGCUCUCAAUACUGAAAAUAUGUGAACUUUACAAAGUGUGAGUGGUGACUAUAGAUGUUGUACAAACUGUUUUCUUCACUUCUGUCCAGGUUCCCAAGGAUGGAAGCCGUCAACUCCGAUCCUUGAGACAACACCAGUUUACUGGCUUUCAGCAGUUCACUAAUGCCACGUGCUCCUUCCUGCAAACUGGCAAGGUACGUACCUACUAGUACUGCUUUCAUUUAUUUAUUUUUUCUCAGUAGUCUUUGUGAACUUGACUAUAUGAACAAUCUAAAGCGGUGUGUUGACAUACAGCCGGUUCAGCACAUUGUCUGCUUGUUAGAUUACAUAUGUAAAUGUUGCCAUCAAAUUCUGCAAUCUUUAUUUUAUUAUUCCAGGAUGUUAAUUGUGAUGAUUUGCAACAUCUCGUUGGAGUUUGCAAAGGUGUGAUUUCCAGAAUGCUGACCUCCCUCCGUGAUCUCACUGGUCAAGAUGCUGCAGAGUUUUUAAAUCAAACAGGUCUGUUUCUCUGAGUAGAAUGUUUGAGCUGGUGUUUCCGACCCUGUUUCUCCAGGACGAUAGUUUAAACACUUCAUGCAUCAUAACAACGUCAUCUGUUAUGGUGUCUUGAGGUCCUGGGCACGGUCUUGCCUAAAAGCUGCAAUUUUGGCAAAAAUAAACUUUAUCUAAUCUUCUUGUACAUCGCUUUCUGUGCCUGAAUCCUUUUUCUUCUUUCUUAUUAAGUGUUCUUGUUUUCAUAAAAUACAUGUAGGGGGUACUUUUACUUAUGUAUAGCAGUCAGGUUGACAAAACCUUGACAAUUGGUGGAGCUUAAGGCAAGAUUCUCUUUAAUUUGCCAAUCAAAUGUAACCACAAUUUAUCAGUAAAAUUAUUCCCACAGAAAGGAAACUGCAGACCUCAUUAGCAGAGGAAAACAAAAUGGCUGCACCCAGAUAUUAAGGUCUAGUGCAAGGAAGAAGAGAUAGCAAGUAUUUAUUAUAAUUAAAAAAAAAAAAAAGCAAGUGUCAAGGGGGAGAGUAUAAUCAAGAUACAGGUUCCCUAAGGAAAGGAAAACCAAAAGAGAGAAAAUAACAUGAGGGCUACUUUUAAGGGGUUAAAUAAUUUACAAAUGGUUUAACCCCAAAGUUAUGUAAAAGCACCCAUUUGCUUUGCCCCUCUUCUUCCGAACUGGACGUCGGUGAUAGACUGAGCGUGUCUGCUGCCUCUCUUAACUUAUCACUAACUUAAAGGAUCACUAUAGGCACCCAGACCACUUCAGCUUAAUGAAGUGGUCUGGGUGCCAAGUCCAUCUAGGUUUAACCCUGCCUGCUUCAGAAACUGCUAUGUUUACAUUAGGGUUAAUCCAGCCUCUAGUGGCUGCGCUUCUCGCUGUGAUUUUCACAGUGAGAAGACGCCAGCAUGCAUAGGAAAGCAUUGAGAAAUGCUUUCCUAUGGACUGACUGCACGUGCGGCUCAUGUCGCGCAUGCACAUUCGGCCGGUGACGUCGGAAGGAGGAGAGUCCCCAGCGCCAAGGGAGCCCGGCGCUGGAGAAAGGUGAGAAUUUAACCCCUUCCUCCCACUUCAGCCUGGUGGGAGGGGGGCCAUGAGGGUGGGGGGGACCUAUUAACACUAUAGUGCCUGAAAAAACAAGUUUGUUUUCCUGGCACUAUAGUGGUCCUUUAACAUUCAAAAAGUUGUGUGAGAACAGGUGUGUGUGUGUGUUAUUUUAUUUUUUAUUUAUUUUUUAUUUUUUUUUAAACCAGUGCCCAGUCAACGAAUUUCCCAUUGAAGAAGAGGGACAGAGUAGACAGGCGGCCUCUACACAACUUUCAGGUUAAACUAUUCUAAAAACGGAUUAACCCUUUUACGAUAAGAUGGCACCAUCACAACUUAAAGGACCACUAUAGUGCCCUGAUGGUGCCCCCACCCUCAGGGUCCCCCUACCGCUGGGCUUUGGGGAGAGGAAAGGGGUUAAAACGUACCUUUUUCCAGCGCCGGGCGGGGAGCUCUCCUCCAAUCCUUCUCUUCUCCUCCCAUUUGGCUGAAUGCGCACGCGCGUCAAGAGCUGCGCGUGCAUUCAGCCGGUCUCAUAGGAAAGCAUUGAUAAUGCUUUCCUAUGGACGCUUGCGUGCUCUCACUGUGAUUUUCACAGUGAGAAUCACACAAGCGCCUCUAGCGGCUGUCAAUGAGGCAGCCGCUAGAGGAUUUGGAGGAAGGAUUAACCCAUUUGUAAACAUAGCAGUUUCUCUGAAACUGCUAUGUUUAUAAAAGAAAGGGUUAAUCCUAGCUGGACCUGGCACCCAGACCACUUCAUUAAGCUGAAGUGGUCUGGGUGCCUAGAGUGGUCCUUUAAUCAACAUAGUUAUAGUGCUGGAGUAUCCCUUCAAGGAUAAACUAAUUAUGUUGCAUUGGGGGAUAUCUAUAAAUGGUUUGUAAGACUAUGUAAUGUCCUGAAGAGUCUAGGUUGAAACCAAUGGCUUAAGCACUAGGUAAUUAAUUGUCUGUUUCCAUGAUAGCAUCCUGUGUGCACAAUGUGGCCUACUGGUUCUACAAUCAGAAGAAGUAUCAGGAAGCAUCUGACAUUGUGUCUCCACUCUGUGAGCAACUGGCAUCUGCCGGUCCAGGAGGAGACCCUGACCUGUCUUCAGAACGGGUAAGCAGCAGCUACACUAUACAUUUCAAUACAUUCUGUUAGGGCUGAGCAAUCUGAAUGAUUAAAAAUCCCAAAACUUGUUCUAUUAAUACAGAUUUGGGUAAUGGUGGUGUCACGUCAAGGGUGCAUAAUUCAUUGUUACACAAUAGAAAAUUUCCAUUUAAUGUAAUUUGUGUAGUGCAUAUAUGAAUUGGUCACUUGGUUGUAAGGUCAGAUGACAAAAGGGAUAAUGUGUAGGGGGGCAUAUGGUUUGCAACAUGGAUUGAUCCUUUUGAUUAAUCAAACUAUCUGCAGCGUGUGAGAUUCUACACUUGAGAUGCCUGGCUGUCAAGUUUGGAUUACUUAAUCUUUUUGAUAUGUUGAUAACUAGCCUUGUGUUCAGUAUCAUAUCCAAAAGAAACUUUUAUAUAUAGUUUCUUACUUACCCACAGAAUAAUAAUUAAGCCUCGUUUUUAUUAUAUUUAGAAUGGGACAAGCACAAUCUUCUAAUCAAGCCUAAACAUGCUUUGCGUAACUUACCCAUAUAGGAAAGGAUUGCGAUGUCUGCUAUAUCGGGUCACAAGUAAGGAAGGUGACAUAUCUAUAGAAUGGGGGAAAUGGUAACAAAUUCAUAGAUGCAAUUAUUAUUUCUGUGGCAAGUACAUAAACGGAGAUAGAACCAAAUGUUUCCAUUUGUAUUGAUGUUGGUCUGAAACACAAGGGGAUGGUCACUUAUUGUUUCUACAGGUCCGCCUUAUCUCCACCUCUAGGCCAGGCUUGGUAAUCCACAGGGUAUAUAUCGAAUUAUUCUGAAAUGUGUUUUGUACUUGCUGGGGGGCCAGAAUCUAUUUCUGAGUGAGUCACCAUCUACCUUACCAGAGACCCCCCGUGCAGAGGUUUUACUUUGAAAACCUGAGUAAGUGAUUAGGACUUCUGUUAUUUUACCCCUUUUGUUUUUUAUCUGUUGGUGUAACUAAUUUGAUUGUGAUCUAUAUUUUUGAAUGCACAGUGACUAUUUUUUUGCUCAUUAUAAAUAUUCCUUUAUUAAGUUCUGCCUUUGUCUGGUAAAGAAUCACGUUACCUGAAGAGACUAAUUAGUGUUUUUCAAUUGCUUAGAUAUUGUGCUAAUUUGUAUUUGGUGGGUUUUUAUUAUUCUGUUACCUGGGGGACCAAAGCACCGCAUUUAUAAAUUGUCUUGGUGGUGGCAGCGUUAAAAUGAUGAUAUUUUAUAUAAUGGUUAAGUGUGGGUGGUGUUAAGAGGGAUUUUGUCAUUAUUUCCAGUCUAGUGCAGACAAAUGGUGAACUUUUAACCCUUUCACCACCACAACUACGUCCCGCACACUCUUGCAGUAGUGUGCGUUCGUGAAAGGUGGAAAAAGUAGAAAAUGUAUGUUGAAGAGCAGAGUAUACCAUACACCUAAAACACAAUUACCCACUAGGAACAUAUCCUUUAACCCCUUAAGGACCAAACUUCUGGAAUAAAAGGGAAUCAUGACAUGUCACACAUCUCAUGUGUCCUUAAGGGGUUAAAACAUCUAAUAUUUUGAGUGUUUCAUAGAAUUCUCUCCAGUUUGUUUUGAAAACCAGCACAGACGUAGUACCUGCCAUUCAGGUGUUCCAUCCAUCAGGCCUGGGUAGGCAGUUUAUUAAAUAUGGAUGAUAAAGGUUGUUUAGUGUCACCCUCCUUACUCCACUUUUUUUAUUAAAGCGUUACAUUUUAGUUUUCUGUGGUCUAGUUGAUAAGGAUUCACAGGCUGAAACCUGGUGCGCUACCCUAAUCAUAGUUCUCUUUCUAACCACAUUGCUGGUUGGAAUCCAUGCUCAACCUUUUUGACGUUUCUGUGGGCUGGUGAAACCUACUGGCUUUCAAAAAGAAGCUGCCAGAACUACUGGCAAGAAUGAGAUUUUGGUCAGAAACAUAUUAACAAUUCGCAAGGCACAGAUUCACCUUGCUGGCUACCUUAGCAGGGGAAGAUUGUAUUUUUGGCAUUCCAGUCUGGUGCAAAUUUUCCUAUGUUGUACCGUAUUCCCAAGAAUAUCUUGAGCUUUUUAAACUGAUUUACCUCUCAGAAAGGUCAGUGUUUGAUUCAGAUGAUGAUUCUGGACACCAGUGGAUGUUUUUUUUUUUGUCCUGUCCCGAACUCCCCCCUUUAACAGUGUAGCUUCUGAGAGGAACAUCUUAAAGGAACAAUAAGCACCAAAACUACAAAAAUCACAGCAAAUAGAGCAGUUAGACUGCAGGGGUGUUAAGCUUUGUUUUAGUUCUUAGUAUCCCUUUAAAACCAAAGGGGGUGUAUGUUUGGCAUCCUGCUAAAUGCUAAGAUGUUAUCCACCCCAAAGAUCAUGAUCUUUGAAAUAGUUUUCUCACAUUGGUGUAGAGAUUUGAUGAUUUGACCCUCCUUUAGCCACUGUUGUAAGUGCUACGGAAUCGGUUGGCACUAUAUAAAUGCCAAUAAUAAUUAAUGAAGGUGCCAUUUAACUGUGUUUGUCUGCAAUCAGUUUGAAAAACGUCUGCUAGAGUGACAAAAACCGUAACAUUUUGUGCAUUCAAAAGUGACUGCUCCUCUUCAAAGUGUUUUUUGUUAUGGGUAGAAAUAUAGCUGUUUUUACGUAAAGAAACACUCCAAGCAAUAUAAUCAUUGCAGCACACUGUAAUAGUUAGUUACAGGAAUUUUCUGCCACCUCCACCACACGCACACACUUUGGCUGAGCGCAUCAACUGAUUACUGGAUUUCAAUGAGCUAAGCGCUUCACUGCUGAUAUUGGCUGUGACAGAAAUCUGGCAUAGAGCUUACUGAUUUCCCUGAGCUGUUGUACAGGCGAUGAGCGGGGUUAGACUGACUCCAUAUAAGUCAGGCUGUCCUAUAAUAGGGGGCACUCUUGGCACCAGAACCACUGUAGUGUGAAGCGGUUUUUACAGCAGAUUCAUUUGGGAAAAGACUGGGAGGAAUCUCGGGUGCCAUUUAAAACUAUCUUUACCUGACACACCACUCAGAAGGGAAAAGUAACAUUUUUUUUGUUUUUUUCUCAAAGAUCCCCUUUUAGAUUUUUCUGCUAUUAAAUCAUUCUGCUAAACAUUGUUCUUUUAACAUGUCACACAUUAGCUACACCGUUGUUUCCGCCUGCAUGUCGAGAGCUGCCGGAAGGCUGGUCAGACGGAGCUAGGACUUGCUGCAGUGACACUCUGGUUGCGAGCAUUACGUGGGCAGAUCCAGCAGCAAAUGGCCGAACCGAUCGCCCUGUGGGUCAAACUUAAAACGGAAGGCGCUAGGAAUGGCAACGAGGACCUGAGACUGCAGUGAGUGAUACAAGAUAUAAUCCCACUACCUCAAAUUGCAUUGUAGGUUAAUUUCUAAAGUGUGAAGUGCUAGGAAUUCAUAAUAAAACACAAAAUUAAUUUUCAAUUGUAAGUCCAUUGUUAGCUGUUUUGCAGAUUUAUUUUCCAGUUUGGCUAUUGUGCUAUAAAAUUUAAAAUUCACUUCGAACUCCCGACAAUUCACACUUUGGUGAAUAACAAUAAUGGUGUGUAUGUGCAUAUUAAACCUUCCUGUUCAUGUUUGCUGCACUUUCUUUCCUAACAUGGUUUGAACUUUGUUUAAUUAAAGUACUCUGAAAGAUGGAUUUGGUGAUCAUCCAGUAGAUCCAGAGCUGAUGGUUUCCCUGCUUGCUGAAGAAAUUAAAGGAUACAAGUGUGCCCAUGGAGACACUGGUCAGGAGCGUUAUAACACAAUCUGUGAUCUGCUUGAGCUGUGCAGUGAGAGCAGCAGCCUAGAGCAUCACCGGCCCUUAUUCCUGCUUGAGCUUGCUCAGGUUUUGUGCUAUCAUGACUACACUGGGCAGACAGACUGGUAAGAACUGAUUUUACUCAUCUACUCCUACAGAAAGUGAACAUUAAUACUGGUGUAUGAAUUAUGGAUCGACCAAUAUAACUUUUCCAGAGGUGAUGCCGAUUAUCGGCCACCUUUUGAGCCAGUGCUGAUAACCAGUGAAAAUAUUCUUUACAUUUAACAUUUUGAAAAAGCUACACAAAUCUGGCAUUAACUGAACUUGCUGACAGAAAUCACACUCCUAUCACUCUCAGGUAGCCAGUACAUUCUGGGAUCACUAAGAGACCACAGCAUGUACAAUGCAGUUACCAGUAGCAAUCUCACUACUAUCACGAUCAUGCAGCAAGCCCGGUACAUUAUAGUAAAUUAUUCACUUUCAGACGUCCCUGCCUUCUGCUGAGCUCUGCAUGCAUGGGCUCACAUGACGUCAGGUCGGAAAUGUGGCGUCUUACUGGCUGUUUGCUGGCGUUUCCUGUUGCGUAACACAGCAUGCUGUGACAGGGACAAGUGUGUAAGAUAUUGGUAAAUUCAGACUGAUGUUGAAUUAUCAGAAUUAUGCCAAAUUUCUGCUCUGAUAAUCGUUAAAUUAUAAUCAGUCUAUCCCUAGUAUAAAUACAUGGCUUUUUCCUACCUAAAAUGAGUCUUGAUUUAAUCUACAAGUGUUCAUUUUUUCUAUAGAUGGGUAUCACUGAAUACUGUAAUAUUCCUUAUAUAUUGAUAUUAUAUAUCUACCUAUAGAAAUACUAUAUCUAUAGGUCUCUAUAUCUAUCUUUGUGUGUGUAUAUGUAUGUAAGUUACUUAUCACUGCAAGCCAUACCAUAUCUUCCUUGAUGAAUUUCUACUUGCCACUUGCAAGACGUGUGUGUGUGUGUGUGUGUAUAUAUAUAUAUAUAUAUAUAUAUAUAUAUGUGUGUAUGUAUGUAUAUAUGUAUAUAUAUAUAUAUAUAUACACACAUAAUUUCGUACUAUCGGAUGUGCAGAUUUGUACAUAGAAUAAAAAUAUUUAACUGAUUUCCAGUAUCUGUAGAUCUAUGCAUCGUGUGGUCAUUCAGCUUGCACAUUAAUGAAGUAAAAAACUUACAAAUUAAUGCAAUUCUUGAUUCUUUUAACUAGAAAAUAAGUAUCUUUUUGGGGGGUUAUUGACUGUAAUAUUCUGUAGCGAACAUCUUUAAAAAAAAAAAAAAAAACCCAUGGAAAGUUCUUUAAUUAUAUACCUGUAUAUAUUUCCAACAGCAUUUGUCAAGUCCUGAUUAUUUAGCAAGAAAUCAUAUCUAUAUCUAUACUAUAUUCAUGAUAGCUGGGUUCUGCAGUGCCAUUUAUUGGAGCCAUCGGUUUCCAAGAUAAUAUUAAUGCGGAAAAUCCAACACAAUCGGUACCCUCAAUGUUUCUUCAUGUAAUACUGAUCUGUAUCGGCUCUUUACGUGUAGAAGCUAUAGAUUUAUUAAAGGAUAAUAGCUUGACUUUACCUAACUCUCAUAUUGCUAUUUUAGUUCUGCUUUAGAUGCUGUCCAGGAAUCUCUCAGUCUCUUGAAUUCUUCAGACCAUUCUAAAAUUGACGAGCGCCUGCUGGACAUUAAAGCCCAGGCUCUUCUCUGGCAGUAUAUCUGCACCCUGGAAGCAAACAUGCAAGAAGUAAGGAAUGUAAUGUAGACAGGAGUCUCGAUUCAGCAUUGUGUCUCUAUCCAAUAGAGAAAUAAAACCUUUUUAAAAAGUAUUUGUAAUUGCAUGUAUAUAUUUUCUUGGGUAAACCUACAGCCGUCAUGUUUUCUUACUUUUUGUUUUGUUUGUUUUUUUUUUUUUUUUUUUUUUUUUUUAUUGAAUACAGCAGGCAGACAAAUUGCUUUCUAAUAUGCAAUAUCUAAUUUUGUGUUUGUGUAUUUUUUUUCUUUAAAGUGCCAACAUAUUUUUUUAGUGUAUAAUAGGAAGCAUUGUGAUGCAUGGUGUUCUUUCAUAGAAAGCUGUGGUUUGGCAAUGGUAAAUCUGUCUUGUGUAUGGUGGAUAAAAGUAUGAAGCAUUGAAUAGAAACCUGUUCAUCAAUCCUCUCACACGUGCAUGUUGACCAACUUUGACAUUUGCUAUGCCAUGUAUAUGGAUCCAGGAAGAUGUCUACAUAGCUAGUGUGUUUUAUUUGUAGAGUAUGGAGGAGCAGCAACGAAAAGCAAAGUUUGACAGUCAGCGGAAUGGGAUAGAGUAUGAACCCAAUGACCUUAACUAUGAAGACAAGCUCCUAGAUGACCAGUCUGUCCAAGAAGGAAUUUGUUUCACAUUGGCGGGAGAGACCGGUAAACACAAAUCAUUAUAUAACUAUGGACUGCUAGAGUUUGUGAUAAUCUUGGUAACUGUUUUAAAAAGUCACGGUUGAGUAUAUUUUACCUAAAAAUGAAAAAAAUAGUGUUGGCUUUGAUUAAGGCUCUUCCUAGCAGAUGAUACUUGCCACAAUUACCCAUAUCUUUAGAUAUAUUUGGCUAUAUUAAGAUUUGCCUAUCCCUUGCUUUUCAAGGAAUUCAACUGCUUACUUAUUCUCCAUUUGAUAGGACCCAUGAAAAGUUUGGAAGAAGCUUUGAAUCUGUGGCAGUCUGUCCUAUCAGGCCUAAAAGCUCCACUACUAUAUAAUGCAGAACAAACUGUGUUCUCCUUGCAUCUGCUAGGGUCAAUUUUCCGUUUGAUGGGUAAGGUAAGUACAUUUAAAGAAAAAGUGGAGACCAUAAAAUGAUGUUGGUGAUUUUGGUAGUUGAAGUAAUUAAAUAUGCAUUGGAUCAUGGCUUACCUCCUCACCUGUACCAUCUACUUUUUUAACCUUUUGUGUAGCCUCUACAGUCCAUACAGGCGUUCCAGCUUGCUUGUCAUCUGUGCAGUUCCAUCGGAGAUCACAUUAGGCAUGUAGGAGCUCUCUGUCAGCUGACAAAACUGCUUUUCUAUUUGGAAAGUCCUACAUCUGGCCAGGUAUGUAAUAAUCCCAUUUUCCUGUAUUCUGCUUCAAAAGGUGGAUGGAAUAAAAUUCAAGCAUGUUCAUAAAAGGCAAAAAUGAAAAACUCUAUGCAAUGAUUCAAUCCAUUGGCAAAAAUAGAGAACUUUUUUGUUUGUUUUUUUAAUUUAAUUUUUUAUUUGAAUUUGAGUGGUCUGCACAAUAUUUUCAGAUACUAAUAUUUUGACUGAAAAGUGUCAAAUACUUUCUUGCCACCUGACCUUUUAGACUUUAGACGUACUGGAAAUUGUGCAGUUUCUGCUGUAGGCAUUUGAAUCACCAAAGAGUUUCCACCAGUUAUUAUAAAUACAAGUCUUCAUUUAUAUUUGUCCACAGAUCACACUAGAGGAAGCAGAAAAUGUGUUAAAAAGUGCAGACUCUGCUACAGAGACCUACACCCUGGCUGAGCUGACCUGCAAGCUCCUUCGGAGUCAUCUCUUCCGGGUGACACACAAGGUAUGCGCCAGUAUACCCAAUGUACUACUUGAGCUUGAUUUUCGUAUGAAGUAAUGUUUGUGUAUCACUAUUCGUUCUUGUUUUACAUUGACAAAACAUGUUUAAUCUGUCCAGGUUGUGGAAGGAGUUGGAAGUCUUAUGGAUGUUCUUCAGCAUCCUUUGCUACAGAAAUCAUCGAAGGCCUGCUACCUUUUAAAGGUCCAAGCCCUGCAAGAGCUCUCAAUGUUCUUGAGACUUCCACCAAUGCUUCUGCCUCAGGAUAUUUUCAAGCAGCUCAGUAACCAUGGUAAGUUAAUGAGGUAGUGUGAACAUAGUAUCAUAAAAAAAAAAAAGCCUUUAUAUGGGAUCCCACCAAUGAUUGGGAGGGCCCCAGGAUGGUUAAAAGGAACAUGUAGACACUUACCUUUCCACUCCCCCACCACAAUUACAUUAGACAGGCCCACCUCUGUUGCUCUACAGUAACCGUGCUGGAUAGGGAGUUUCCAUAGCAACAAUAUAGCAUGUGUUGAGCAAAAGGAAAAAAAAAUUUUUUACAUUUUUUUUUUUUUUUCAAAUUGCAAGCUACUUUUCCUUAUUUAUAAUUUUUUUUUUUCAAUAAUUCACAUGGGGACAAAAUACACCACUAAACAAAUAGAAUGACACAGCCAUGUUCAACCGUUCCAAAAGUAGCUUUAAAGUCUAUACCUUUUAAUCUUUGUAAUUUUUUAUUUUUUUUUUUUUAUUUUUUUAGGUGGCCACAACCCAGAGACUGCUUUGACUGAAGCCCACAAGUUACUUCGAAGCAUUGUUCUUCUUCUUCUUGGAAAGGAUCUGUUGUCCUCUUCUAAGGCUCCGUCAGUGUCACGUUUUGUGGAUAAUGGUAUGUGAUCGAUUUGGUAUUGGAGAUGGAUAUGUUCUGAUACGAGAGGCUGGUCUAUGUGCAGACUUGUGACUGAGUUACUUCAUAUUUAUUAUGUAGGAGAUAACCUCCUUCAGAAGUGGCAAGUACUUGCAGACCUUCUAAGUUGCUCCCAGGAUCUCAUCACCACCCUGUGCCGUAUGGGCAGUGUUUCAGAUGCCAAAUCCUACUGCCUUGAAGGACUUCGGCUAGCUAAAAAUCUGCAAAGUAUGCGCCUGUAAGUAUUUAUAAUCGUGUGAAAUCUCUAGUAGUGCGAUUUCAGAAAGCCAUUUUUAAUAAAGAGGAUGAUUCAAUUUACUUGCAAGCCAUGAUUAUGUGAGUCCUGUGAUCAGUAUUUAUCACCAGAAACAGUGCUAGUCUAUCGCCAAUCCUUUUUUCUCACCCUUAGAUAUUCUAUCAAUUUCUGCUUCAUGAAUUGCAUAUACAAGCAGAGUUAGGUCUUAAAUCGCUAGAUACUCUCCAUUUGGAGGUCAACUGUGGUAGGCAACCAUCUAUAAAUGGUCAUUUGCUUACCUUGCACUUUUUAUUACACAGUGGCUUUUGCAUUUUACACCAUUGUUUACCAAACGAUGCACAGAUUAAGAUGGCAGCUGCAUUAUAGUGUCAUUAAACGUUGGCAUGCAUGGGGAAAGUCUUGGCAUAUUUGGUUUCCCUGUCAGGCUUCUAAUCUUUUAAGAAUCAUUUUCUGAAUGAGAUUAUUAUAUUAAACUGUCCCCUGCUUAAUUAGCUGUGCAGAUUUCUUGGUAAGAAAAGCUGAGUUGGAGACCCUACGCGCAGAAAAUCAGCUCAGUGAAGAUGAUCUGCAGUACGUUGUGUUCUUAAUGGAGUCCUGCACAGGUAAUUACUAGAAUAUUAAAGGGGCACCACCUUCCUCCACACACGCUUAUUUUUUAUUUUUUUUUAAAUUCUCAUGUAUUACAGAAGCAACUCAUCCAAUCUCAUUCCUUGUUAUAUAUUACCCCCAAAUUGGAGAAAGGUACAUAUUUUAAACUCUCCACAACAGGUUAUGUCCGUUUUUGUUCUACUUCCAGCCUUCUAGUGACAUUUUGUACUUUUUAAGUUAUGUAACUUGGCAGCUUCGUUUAUUUCUUUUUUUAUGAACAUAGGAAAUUGAAGAGGGGAAACUAUUAUGUCAGACUGGGGGAUUGACAUAGAACCACAGACACUAGUAAUUGCUUAAAUAAUUUGUUUAACUGUAAUGAAGAGGAAAAAGGAAAACUAAAACUAGGAGCUCCUGGCUCAUAGUGUUUAGGAUGUUCCUUUAAUUGAUUUUCUCAUGUCUUAUAGUUUUAUUCUAUUUUCUUCUAUCAGAUUUCACUUCAAAAACUCAAAAGAAAGAAAUAAAGAUACAACCGUCCAAGGGGAAAAAGCCCAAAAAUAGGAAUGUUGGAUUGAUACCUGAAAGUCCUCCAAAUGAAGAUUUUUUGAAAAGUGUCCAAUUCCAGUAUGUAGACACCAGAGACGUGUUGAAUCCCCCUGCCUCUCCUACACCUGCAACUUUACCCAAGAAGACUUUCCCAUGCUUUGUGUCUCAUGAUAAAGACUGUACAUGUUCCCUUUGUUCUGAUCUAGUAUUGUCUCUGCUCUGUACUCGGUGGAUGGUUGCUCAGGCUGAAAACGAUCCUCGAAGCCUAGCAUUACUGAAGUUAGCCCUACAGCGGUGCCAGUCAAUAACGCAUCGUUUUUCUAGAGUCGUGCAAGCUCUCUUAAAAGAAGACUCAAAAUUUGCAAUUGGUAUGACAGAUGAGAUCGUUGCUCGAAUUUACUUUGCUAUGGUAUCACUGAGCCCCCCAGCUAAGUUAUCUGAACGAACACUAGAGGAUGGUCUGAAUUUUCUGUCAUCCCGCCCACCUAAUUUCCCCAAGUAUUGGAGGGCAGGACUUCUACUGGCUAAAGCACUGAAUUCCACUUACAGGCUAGCUACAAGUCAUGCAGGUUGCAUUACAGAUCUCUUCAUGCAAGUAUGGGGCUGGCAACCUCAGCGACACAGAAGAAAAGAUCCUGAUCGCAGCUAUAAGUGCAUGACCGCGACGCCAAGUAUUACCUUAAGCAAGGUGAAAGAUACUGAGAAGGUUGCAGGAGAUAAUCAAACCAUCCUCUCUAUGGAGGGUGCAGAUUCUGAGAGCUUGCUUUUGCCCACCAGACCUCCAACAACUCCUCUACGUAAAGACCAUCUACCAACACCGUUGAAACCUGUGGUCUCCACCCAAGUGAAAAAAGGCAGUGUAACUAUUUAUAAUGAAGAGUCUCCUGUGCCAGAAUUGCUGCCUAAAGCACCAAGAAGGCGCCAAACAAGGGCUGUCAUAAAGGUAUCUGUUCUUUAGCCCUACACAUGUAUGGUAAACUCUAAAUAUCAUGAGACAUUGUACAAUGCCAACAAUACUGAUUGCUUUUCUAAAGUAUGAACACACAAAUCUGGGAGAUUAUACUGCCUAGAAAGACAUGGGGUGAUAAGCAUAAUGUCUUGGGCAAAACCAUAGCAAUGUUACAAUGAUGACCUGACAAUUGAUCAAUUUGUACAAGUUUGCCAUUUUCCAGAACUCGGUUCACUAGACAGAUGAACUAGAUUAUUUUGUCAACUGUGUAUUUUAACUAAACAGGUUGUGGUAUGUGAAUGGUUUGCCAAAGCUGAGCAAAAGGGGAAAAAAGUGUGCAAAUAGAUAAUUAUAUUUUGCCUUUAAAUUAUACUUUAUUUUUCUCACUUCACUAAAUGAAUGCCUCAGUGGUAGCUUCCAAUGUAUUUGUUCCUAUCGGAAAACCAUUCCUUAUGUGUGUUGUGAUAAAGGCAGCUUCACUUGUGCUGUUGUAAAUGCUACACUGUGGGGUAUUGUACAGCAGUCUGUCCUUUUUUUGAAGUGUGAUGAAAAUACUGCACAAUUUUAAGAAUUUUUAUAAUGCUUCUCCAACUAGAGCAUGGGUCACAAAAGUUAGAUCCCCAGAUGUUGUAGAUUCCCUGAUGAAAGCUGUAUUUUUAAAACAUCUGGGGAUCCACCUUUUGGGCACCCCUGAAUUACAGAAUACUGGAAUAUUAGUUUGGUAGCAUUUUUUUCACUAGUUGCACAGUAAGCCCAUUGAAUACAAAACUCUACAUACACUCUUAAACCGUUGGGACUAGUUUCUUUAAAUUACGAUACUCUUAUAAGAGAUUGGUUGCAGCAUGGGAAGCAUUAGUUCAGAGUUUAGAAGGUAGGCUGUGGUAUGUGAGGAUGGACGGUCAACCGACUCCCAGGCUGGACAAUAUUUGUGUAGACUUGCAGUGUCCGUGUUCAGGAUGUCUGUGCCAAGGUGUGAAGCACCCCCAGCCCUGGGCUUGUCUAAGAGGUGACACCUUGUUACCACAGACCGGGUAACUUAUGGAACCCAAUUCCUUCCUGGUUAGGAAACUGUGUACGGCCCGAAGUAUCGUCUAGAGCAGCAUUUCCCAAUUGGGGUUCCGCCAAAAAUUUUAAAGUAAAAUGGGCGAGGCAGCAGUGGGCAGUGAUCUCCCUGCUCAGCGCCCUCACGCGCACAGCAGUGAUGCUGGAGCCGGAAUAUGACGUGGCUCCAGCAUCACUAAGAGGCGCACGAGGGAGCUAUGGAGGGAGAUCACUGCUCCCUUGCCAGCCGCUCAGCAGCCCCACUGGACCCCAGGGACUGCAUGCUUAGCACAGCAGCCCUACCGGACCCCAGGGACCGCAUGCUUAGCACAGCAGCCCCACUGGACCCAAUGGACCGCUGGCUUAGCACAGCAGCCCCACUGGACCCCAGGGACCACACACUCAGCCCAGCAGCCCCAGGGACAUAGAGACACCAUGCCAGCACUCCGAAAGUUACGGUGGGGACUGGGUGGAGUAAAAAAAAUUUUAAAUAAAUUGUACGUCUGUUAGGGAGUUUGUAUAUGUGUGUAUGUGAGUGUAUGUGUGUUUGUCAGUGAGAGUGUGUGUGUCUGAGUGUGUAUGUGUCAAGGUUUGUGUAUGUCACUGUGUAUAUCUAAGUGUGUAUCUGAGUGUCAAUGAGAGUGUAUGUGUGUGUAUAUUUGUAAGUGUGUAUCGGAGUGUGUAUCUGUCUGUCUGUGUGUCAAUACAUAUACACACAGAUACACACUGACAUAGAUAUACACACCUUGACAUACAAACACAGAUACAAACACAGAUACACACACCUUAACACACCGAUAAAUACGCACGUCAAAACACCCGGUGAAACCGGAGGCCAUCAUUCCAAGAGCUGCCAAAGCUCACUCCACGUGUUAUGGGAUGACUGCAGCUUCAAAAUCGCAGGAUUCCUCAAGUAACAGGCACAAAGCCCUUGGGCCAUUGGAGAGCUAAGGAGCCCCCUUAGCCUGCAACCUGCUCACGUGGUAGUAAGGCCCCCCCCCGUCUGCCUUUUUUUUUUUUUUUUGCUUUAACAUUUUAGAACACUCAGGCUCUGUCCUAUAGGAUGCAAUUAUGUGCAAAUGCCUUAUAAAUCAAUGCAAAAAUACAUGUAUGCCAUAGUCACACCCUGCACUUCUACAACACUAUACAGACCGUAAUAGGUCAAAGUUAUAGGUUGCAGUACCCUGUCUAUUACAACUGUUAGGGGUUGGUCAUGUAACCCUGUUUUCCUUCCAAAACGACUUGCUUUAUGUUGGAAUAAGGCACAUAUACUUUAUUUCAUUCUGAUGGCUUUUUUGCUCUGUAUUAUAUAGGCAAAAGUAGUGACAGUGAAAAACGGUUGCAUACAUCUACAUCUGUGAAUAAAAUAGUCUACAAGUGUCUAAAAAUAUCUACAGAUACACGAUUAUAGACUGUCUAAUAUAGAUUGCAAGACAAGGAUACCAUAAUAUGAUAAAACUUUAUUUAUACUGUGUUUCUGUAAAGGCUGAAACAUUUAUAUUUUUUAAACUUUCAACAUUCUGGUAUUUAUACACAAAACUGCUCUUUUGUCAUACCAUUUUAUGGUGAACUAUGUAUAAAUAUAUUUAUUUUUCACCCCUUGUUUUUGUUAUGGUCAGUUUAAAUUAAUUCAAGUCUUUUCCAGGUUGACUUUAGUGACAGUGACUUGGAAAUGCCAGAUAACGACCCAGAUCAACAGAUCAGAAACAAAAAAACAAGUUGUGCUAAAUCUGGCGUACGAGGAAGGGGAACUAGAAAAAGUAAAGCGCUUCUGGGAACCUCAGACUCUGAAGAAGAGGAGGUAAGCUUGAAAAGUAAACCCAGGAGAGGAAGACCCAGCACAAAGAAAGCUCAGAAAGAGACUAGCCCUUCUGGUCUACAGAGAAGACGCCAACCGGGAAAAACUGAGAGGGCUCCAAAAGAAAUCGAGAUGUUGAGAUGCAUAAAGGAGGAACCAGAGUACUUCCUGGAUGACAGCAUUGAAGAGCUGCGGGCUUCUGACACCGAAGAGAGAAAACCAGCACGGGGUAAGAUAAACUAUCAGCAUCUCAUAUUCUUGGCUAUUACUUCUGGGUUUUAUGCAUAUUUUCAAAAGAUCCCAGAUUAUGAUGUUGCCACUUGCAAUACGGUCACCCUGGGGCUGCAGGCAAAGGUACGUUUUACUUACCUGAGGGUGUCUCUCAUUGCCGCUAUGUCCAUCCAAUGGAUCAUCUUUAGCUCUUGACGCUUUAUCUGCCAGGAGCCAACGUCAAUGCUGUAUUGGUAUCAUCAGUAUACCAAUUGUGUGAAAAUGGAAAAACCGGAGUGGAGCAGUAUAGUAAAACCGUUUAGGUGAUAAACCCAAAACAAAUAGACUGUGAAAAACAAAAGUUGUUGUAAUUAUAUUUAAUGGUCAGUAGAUUGCUCCAGUUCGACACCACUCACAGCAGUAUAUGAAAGGAAACGUAUAAACAGAGAUAAUAGUGUAGACUGCUGGAAAAUGAGUAUAUGUUUAAAACAUCAUAUGUUUAAUAUACCGAGAUUUCCAUAAAAGUACCCAUAUAAUUAGGCUACGGAAAUCUAACAUAAAUUUCAGUCAUAUUGUGACAGCUCAAUUGUUUUAUCCAGUAAAGUGCAAAUGAAUUUAUAAAAAAAAAAAAAAAUCUGUGAAAAUAAACACACUGUCUGUGUUUAUCACAGAUUUUUUUUUUUUUUUUAAAGGGACACUAUAGUCACCAGAACUACUACAGCUUAAUGUAGUUGUUCUGGUGAGUAGAAUCAUUGUAUGCAAGCAUUUUUAUGCAAAAACAGUGUUUACGUUGUCCCUAGGGACACCUCCAAGUGGCCACAUCUCUGAUGGCCACUGGAGGUGCUUCCUGGCUCAGUGCUGCAGAGUAGGCAGCACUGCCGUUCAGUGUCUCCACACUCUGCAUGGGGACGCUGAAUUCAAUUCUGAGAAGGUGCUGAUUGGCCAAAACAAUGUUUGGCCCCGCUUCCUUGCCCAUAUGGAAGCAUUGGAUUGGCUAAAAGUGUUGGCUAAAGGGUUCCCAACAGUAUAGUGUUCCUUUUAAUAAAUUAAUUUGCUCUUUACUGGAUAAAACAAUUGAGCUGUCACUAUUUGACUGAAAUUUUAUAGCCUAAUUAUAUGGGUACUUUCAUGGGAAUCUCGGUAUUUUAAACAUAUGAUGUUUUAAACGUAUAUACAUUUUCCACCGGUCUGCACUAUUAUCUGUGUUUAUAUAUUUCCUUUCAUAUACGCUGUGAGUUGUGUCGAACUGGGACCAUCUACUGACCAGUGAGUAUAAUUACAACAACUUUUCUUUUUCACAGUCUAUAUUUGUUUUGGAUUUAUCACCUAAACUGUUUUACUAUACUGCUCCACUCAUGUUUAUACAUGUUCUCUUGAUUUUGCUUUGUGUGUUGGGGAUCAACAUAUGAGUGUCAGCAGCAUUUAGAAAUUAUAUGACUACAAUUCAUACCAACUCUAAGUUGUAAAAAAAUUAUUUUUAGAGCGCUCCAAAAUGAAACAAGAAUAAUUUUGGUAUAACCUUUUGUAAUCUGAUUUCCUUUUCUUUUAUAGGCAGCCGGAAAGGACAGAGGACCUCCAAGAAAGAAGCAAGAACAGAAACACGCUGUGAAAUUCUAAGAAGGGAUGUUGGAGCAGAGCAGCAGAGCUCACCUAUGGAUAUGAAAGUGCCUCAUACUGAUCCAAACCUAUUUAGCCUUACAGGACUUUCAUCGCCUGUACUGGGUACUUUUAGUAAGUAGGUUAUUAGGGGCUGGCCUUCCUCUACCUGGAUACGUAGUGUGUUUAAAGAGACACUACACUGUUCAAAUACAAAAAUAAAAAUCACUGUUUAGUAGUGUGACGAUACAGCCCUAGCGUCUCUGUUAACGAAAGCACAACAGUUCAGACACUCUAUCGUCUGUGGGUAUUCUUUUUACAUAACCUGCACCGUUAACUGCUCCAAAUAAAUGCUAGGACUCCUCUUUGGUAGCGUAUGCAUUGGCAAUGCAGGGUAUACUGCAUGGGUAUCUGGUUACUAUAGUCUAUUCAUCUAGUCCUUUGGCAAUACUCUAAUUAGUAAUUACUCUAUAGAGGACAAUGAAAAGCAAUAUCCUGUGAGAACUCAAUGAAGAGACAUGUGCUUCUUCUUAGCAACUCAAAAGAACUUGGCUUAUUGUAGAAACAGCCAGCUUGCAUAGAUCACAGCAUACAGUAAACUCACACAUGGGAACCCAGAACACACAGGAAAGCACUGACUACAAUGUUAUUCAUUACACUAAUUCUCACCCCUCUCUGUGCUAGUCCACCCUAACAACAAAAUGUUAUCUUGAUUGGACCUACUAUCCAUUCAUAGCAAUCUGUGAAUACAUGAAUACUUUGCUGGGGUAGAUAACGUGCGAUUUCAAGUGUAGACUUACUGACUCCAUACAAAAUACAUUUCACUCUGACAAUGCAACCCACAUACGUCUAUUUAAUUCUACAUAUCGUCAUUAGGAGUAUAUCUAAAACCAGCUUGCAAAAAUUGCAGUUGCCUUGUCUGAAGCACUUUCAUUUUAUCCUAACCUAGACUUUGUGUCUGACUGAUCAUAGAUUGCUCAAUGCAGCUUCAAUGAGAAGUCUUUGCAAGACAGAUGCUCUGGACAAUUCCAUGCCUCUUCAGGUUUGCAACAAACCAGGAAGAAACAGGAUCGGUUGUCUGACAGCCAGGGCUCUGACGGGGUUCAGUUAUAAAAGUGCCAAUUUCUACGGAAAUCUGCAAUUUUUGUAAAACAAAGCAUUUCAGCAAUAAAUAGUGCUUUAGAGGUCUGGAGUGUGCCCCAAAGCACACCCAAACCUGGUUUAUCCACUAUAGGAGGAUGCUGAGAUUGUCCUGUAUCUUGGUGAUCCUUUCAUUUAAUAAUAAUUACUGUCUUUUCAGGUACAUCUGACCUGGAUUCCAUCUCCUCUCUUCUCAGAGAGUCAUUAGAAUCUGUAGCUCAUUUCCCUCCAAGCAUCCUAUAUUCCCGGCUAUGCCGACUCUUGGCAUUGUGCACUGGAGGACAGGAUCCAUACCUUACUGCACUUCUGGUUAGCGAGUCCGUUUCCAUCACGUUGCGGCACCAACUCAACAGUGACAUUCACCGGAAGCUGCGGUGAGUCCUCAUGGCUUCAUAUGUGAUGCCAUACUUUUUUACUCUUUUGACUUGGUAAUUGAUAAUAUCCAUUAAAUGCACAGUGCUGUACUUUAUCAUCCGUGUUGCCAAAUUGUCCCUAAAGUUAAGGCAUUGUGCUUGGAUAUGACUUUAUUUAAUAGCAUAGUUAUGUUAGUCACCAAGGCAACUUUCAUAUUUAUAAAUGUUAUAACGCGAAGAUGACUUGCUUUACUUGCUAUGCAUCCUGAAAGUAUUUCGUUUUAAACCCUAUUUAUUGUAAUUGCAAAAUGUAUUUUUAUUAUAUAGGUUUUAGGUUUUUUUGACAAAAAAAGACCGUAUACAAAACAUAAAAGCAACAACUCUUUGCUAGUAUUGUAUUAAAGGCCCAACGUGUUACUUAUAAUUGGAGUUGAAAAUAGGUGUGUGUGUGUGUGUGUGUACACGGUUGCAGCCUAUAUGCAUCUGUCCUAUCUUGCAUUGCGCAAGUCCUUGAUAAGCUGGAGCUAAUGUGAAUUCAUUAAAUGUUUAAAAAGAUGUGUAACGAAUACAGUGUCCUGGGUAUGAAAGGAAUCCCCAUAUCAGGUUGCAAAAUAACAAAGAAUGUAUGUGUAGAAAGUAGAAUGAUUUUAUUUUUAUUUAUUUAUUUUUUUUUUUUUAAAUGUUAUUUUGAUAAUUAGGUAUUUUAUCUAUUUAAAUUGUCUUAUUGUGCAAUGCAAUAAAUAAUUGAAAUUUGGUUUUUUUGCUACAGUCUUGAGUUAGUUUUACAACUUUAUAUGUUAACAAAGACGAGAACAGCAAUAUUUUACAUACCGGUAAAUUGUUAAACACUACAAAUAGUGAAAUAUGAAUCUGCACAAUCCCAUCAUUUAGUAUACAACAUAUAAACCCUGUACCUAAAAUUAAGAAAGAAUGGAAAUGUGCCAUAUAAGAUUGGGUUAUAGCGUUCACAUUUAUUCAAUGUAGCAAGUAAGGUUUUGGUGAUUUAAUGCUGACAACGUCCUCUUUUUCGUGGGAGAGGUUCAAGAGUGCAUCCAAAAGUCUGUGACUUUGCUUGGGGGAAUGUCCAGAGCUAGGGUAGUGGAGUUUUAAAAUUCUGCAGUAGAAUCUGCAUGGCCCUGGUUAAAAAGCUUGUUCUGUAUAGUUUGAUAUUAAUGCAUGAUAUGUUUGGAAGACUGUAUGUUACUGGAAAAGUGACUGGUGUGAAUUGAUGGAUUUAUCCAACUAAAUUGUAUUCAUUUAAUCAAAUGUAAAAGGCUGACUUAACACUACCAGGAAUCAAACCUGCUGUUUCAACAGGUAGACUCUACAGCUACAAUAUACUUGCCUGUGAGGCUCAUCAUUAUUUCAUCAUUUUCUCCUCUAGGAAAUUAAGAAAGGGAUGUUCAGGGGACCUAACAGACCAGUUUCAAUGUCUUAAUCUGAAAGAUCAGAAGGACUCCAAGGUCCAGCAUCUGUCUGAUCUAGAGGAGCUCUUUAGAUUCCCAAAGCAGCCACUGGACACAGAGCGUUUCAGAGAACAACUUCAACACAUUCCUGGGGGUAUGUGUUUCUCAAACUUUGAUUAAUGAUUGUAGAAUGUUGUAAGAAGUGUGAGGAUUGAUUCUACCCUGUGUUACAGAUACGGCAGUAUGUAUACUGACACUGGCAGACUCUCAGUCAAGGAGACCUGGUGAUCAUCUUCUCCUCACCAGACUAGAACAUGGAAGCCCACCAGUAAAUAUACAGAUACCCACUGCUCAUCUCAAGGUAACCUGUCAUUUUCAUUCAUUCUGGAUAAUAAGCAUAGAAAGAAUGAUUUUCAUUAUUUUUGCAGACAAACAAGGUUCGAUUUGAUGGUUUGGAGGGGUUUUCAUUUAUUUAUUUUUAUUACAGAGGGUCCCCUAAAUUGGUAUUUUUGUUCCAGAUGUCCAUGAGUUCGGCAUUGCUAGAAUUUGAUGAUAUUCAGAAGCAGCAAAAGAUAAUUAACAAUUUAACAGAAAAAAAGGAGUGGUGGGAAGGGCGCAUGGAGUUGGACAGUCGUAUGAAGGUAAGAAAAGACCUCUUGUGGUGGAUUAAUCUUAUGUAAAAUAUCACUUAUAUACGCUGCAAAUUGCGAAGCAUCAAUCAAUUUCUAAUGCAAUACAGUUUCCCUUAUUCCUUCCCUCACCAACUUUCCAAUUUUGUGGAAUUGGAACUAGAUUCUGACUAUAUGAUUCUCAUAUACAAAAAGAUAAGUCCUGCGCUCACUCCCAUCACUCCUGGGCGGCAGCAAUGACCACAGUACACAUCAGCUUCAAUACAUACAGUAAAAAACAAAGAAAGUUAGAUUCUUACUAUAUGAUUGUCAUAGUAUGAUUUUCAUAGUAUUUCUUCCAUGUACAGACUUUGAUCCAGUUACUUGAACAGAUCCUGGGCUGUUGGAAGGUCCUGCUCAUGCCCCCCUGUUCUGUCGCUUCUGUAGCAGUGGAGUCUUGCAAGCUGUCUAGGGUUUUGCCAGAGUGUGGCUUUAAGGAUUUAGACCCAGCACUUCUGAAGGUAUACAUAGCAAUCACAAUGUGUGGCCUUUUAAUUUAUUUUAUAUAAAUAUUUGUUUCCUCCUUUACACACUUCCAUCUCAUUUUCUUACAGGCUUUCCUGGGGGGCAGCCAUCUUCUGACUCCUCGGCUCAUCCAGUCCUUCAUGCAAGGCUUUUGUCUGUCACAGCCAGAGAGGGCUCAGGAAAUACUUCAAGGAGCAGUGGAGGGGCUUACAUUCUGCACUGAGAACACUAAAGGACAUGUAGUGCUUGUUUUGGACAAGGUGACCUAAAAUGGGGCCCACCCUGCUCAUCCUCAUUCCUGUACAAUAUUUGAAUGGUUUAACAAGGCUAAAACCUUGAGCUGAAUUGUAAAAAUGCAGGCCUAGAUUUUCACUAGCUAGUGUCUAAUUGAUAUGUAUUUGUCCAGUAGACGCCAAAAUAACCAGAUUAUUGCAGUAAUGAUUUAUUUUUUUUAUUUUUUAUUAUAGGACUUUCAUUGCAUAUGGCAGUACGCCGGUUAUUAUGGCAUUAUAUAUUUAUUAAUCAUAUAUGCAUUCUAUGUGCUUUGAUAGGAAGUGCUGAGUGAAUGAUUUUGGUUUAUUUUCUCUCUUGUCCUGAAACAAACCUCUGUUACUUUCACCCAGCUUCUCCAAAAACUUCCAUGGGAAAGUAUCCCCUGUUUGAUGAGUAGAUCUGUCACUCGACUUCCAUCCUUGAACUUCCUGCUAAGUUAUGGCUUGAUCAAAAAGGUGAGAAAAAUACUUAAUUUUGCCAGCAGCCUGUGUUAUCAGCACAUGCUUAUUGUAUUCUGGUGAGUAUAGUCUGCUCCUUCAGGCUUUUAGCAGUUCUGAGAAAAGACCGUGCUUACAUAAAAGCCCAGAGAUAUCUCCACUGGCCACUCCACAGACUGCUACUAGAGGUGCUUCAUGAGGCAGUGCUGCAGUACUGCCGUUUAGCUGAACUUUUAUUUUUCUCAUAGAGAUGCAUUCAUUCAAUGCAUAUCUAUGAGGAGAUGUGGAUUGGCCAGGGCUGUGUAUUUAUUGUGCUGGCUUUGCCCCUGAUCUGCCUCCUUGACAAGCUCAGCCAAUCCAAUGCUUUCCUAUGGGAAAGCAUUAUGAUUGGCUCAGGUCAUCAUUUCUGAUGUCAGCCCAGGAGGGAAGAGCCAGCAGCAGACUGGAAUAAAGGUAAGGUUUUACUAUAUUUAUUGAGGUAAGAGGGGGGCCAUGUUUUUACCACUAUAGGGUCAGGAAUACAUGUUUUCCUUUAAUGCACAGACUGAAAUAUUCUAGGUAUGGCUGUGAUGUAGCUGCUAUGAUUUGUAGAACAUAAGAAAGGUGUAUCACGAUUGUAAGGAGGGAAUGCAAAAUAAACAAAGGUGCCACAAAUGAAACUCAACUCUGUGUGGGUAUCCUUUACUGGGAAGUUGAUGGUUCCUACUAGUUCUCCAGUUAUCUCCACAGUAAUCUUAACCUAAUUCAUAACAAAAUCCUAGCACAGCCAUUUAAUAAUGUAUUACUGGAGAGAAAAUGUAACUAGGAGAUAAAAGUAUCUACUAUGUGGUUGAAACACUGUGCAGGAGGGAAGAGAGAACAGUGACUGUGUACAGAUACAUGCACUAGUUACUAGAUGGCAUUGUUGCCUGAUAUUGAAAGGGUUAUAUGUUAAAACACUAAAUAUGCUGAAAACAAAGAGAACGAGAGUAGGAGUGCACUUGAAGACAGCAGUUCAGCACAAGACAAAUACGCUCAGAGAUCUUGUGGAGAGGAAAAAAGAAUAAACACAGGAAGGUCUAACUGAAGAAGCAGGAGCAGUCAGUGUGGCAGGUGUGUGUGUUCUAUCACAUACCUUAACUCAGGGAAACGUUGAGCCUACUGAUACUGUAAAAACAUAGUUGUAAAUAUUUCAAAUUGCCCUUUCCGGUUUCCAACUGCCUCUCUGUGUAACAAAGCCCAGUUCUAGUCAGUGAUUGUCAUAUGUUAAAGUGACUGCUGCUUAGCUGCUCUAUAUAUCUUUAAUACCUCGGUUCUCUGCUGGAGUGAAACCUACUACAUUGAAGAGCGCAUUAAAUGAUUAAUUCUCCUCCCCCCCUCCCAGCCCCUCCAUGUGUCUCUUCCCCCAUCAUUAGACUAGGUUAUAUUUCCCCCAUGCAACACUGUUUCUACCAUAUUGGAUACUUGCAUUUUCACUCCAGUAAUACAUUGUUGAAUGACUGUACUAGGAUUUUGUUAUAACCUAGUGUAUUGUAGAGAUAUCUAUUCUAAGAUAGCUGGAGAAAAAAAAUAGAAACCUCAGAAUCCAAGUAAAGGGUACUACAGUGUUUUGUGUGUGGCACCUAGCAUUCCCUCCCAAUUAUUAUACACUAUACUACUUUGGAUAUUUGGAGUUUUCCUCAGUAAGGAGGGGAAGGAUAGCUUUGUUAAUCUUACUCUUAGUGUGCUUUAGAAAUUAUUUGUACAAUGAACAUGUUUGUGUUUUAGAGAGAGACUUUGGUUCAGUUAUUAUUCUCACUAAAGUGAGAAUUCAAAGUGAAUUUCAAAUGUAAGGUCAAAGCAGUCAAACUGGAAGCAUAGCUAAAUUAAAUGCUAAUCCAAACAUAGUUAUUAGUUAUUUACUAAAGUGAAAAUGCAAUCCUAUUUAUGAGCAUUCUUCUUCUCAUUCUGCAGCACCAGCCUCAGAUGACCCUUGUUCGAGGUGUUGAACCCAAGCAAACCUUCUAUGUCCUAAACCCCCAUGCAAAUCUUCCAGGCACCGAAGAGCGAUUUAGGGACUGGUUUAAAAAGUGAGCAUAAGCAUGAAUUUGUUUGAAUUGACUGAAUAUUUGAUUUUGCAAAGUUACUGAUUUACAGAGGAAAAAGAUACAGGUCUGUGUGCCCUGACUAAACCAUUACUACAAUGAAAUCUGUAGAGAGGACCAAGCUAGAAUCUGCCAUCUAUUUUCGCCUAAAGUCAUCUUUCUGUUGGAAUUGCAUUCAAAUGAGGUUACCCUUCAUUUUUCACUCUGAGCAACCAAUUUUUAAAAAUCGUUUUUAGUACAGAAACGUUUUUUUUAUCAUUCAAAGUUUGCUGACUUGUAGAACUACAACUGAUGCUUUACAUGCCUUUUAGAAUGCUUUUAGUAUGACAAAGCAUCAUAAAAACUGUAGGGUCUGGGGGUCUACUUUUUGGGCAUCCCUGCUUUAGAUAAUCCAGGUGAGUACAAUCGGAUGGGAAUAAGCUAUAAAAUGUCCUCCAUGUAGACACAUAUCAGCUUUUGUUCCUAUGAGACCUAUUUAAGGAUCUGUUUAGAACUAGUAAUGCCAUAAUAUGAGGCCUGCAAUGUAUACAUAAGUUCAGUCCUACACCGCAUUGGGUAAUUUGUGUGUGUGUGUUUAGUUUUAGGGUUUUAUAGGAUUUGCAUUUAAUCCAUGUGUCACGAGCCUAACCUGUUCCUGGACAGUUUUCUACUAAUGGCACAAGUGAGCAAACUUGAUUUGUCUUCAUAUUUAGUAGGUGCGCAACCUAAGGCAUACCUUGUCCAUCCUUUGCUACGCAUUUUUGUUUUGCUCAAAUGAAGAAUCCCUGAACUAGUUGCUGUUCUAGAUGGUUAAUAUAUUUACUAAUGGUCCAUUUUGAAAACCAUUUCACCUGCUAUACAACACUGACCUUGGAAUUUUUAUUCUAGUGAACCUGGCUGGAAAGGAGUGAUUCGAUGUGCUCCGAAACCUGAGCAGCUGGAGUACGCACUGACAAAACAAGAUCUAUACGUGUAAGCAUGAGUUCAGAGAAUGUGUUACGGUUUUGUUCCAUAAAGCCAACUCUCUUACCAUGUACUGUGCUACCUUUACAGCUAUGUUGGACAUGGAGCAGGUGCUCACUUCUUGGAUAUCCAGACCCUGCAGCGCUUGGACUGUAAUGCUGUUGUAUUGCUCUUUGGGUGCAGUAGUGCUGCACUAGCUGUUCGAGGAGAUCUGGAAGCAACAGGAAUUGUCCUUAAAUAUCUUAUGGCAGGAUGGUAAGAUAACUUACUUACGUGGUAGAGGUUAACACUGUGAAGGAGUUUAAGCAUGCGUGGGAUAGGCAUAAGGCUAUCCUAACUAUAAGAUAAGACAAGGGACUAAUGAAAGUAUUUAGAAAAUUGGGCAGACUAGAUGGGCCGAAUGGUUCUUAUCUGCCGUCACAUUCUAUGUUUAUUGAUGAUCUAAUUCACUAAACACUAGCUAGUUCCUCUACGGAACAUAGUUGUCUUUUGACAAAACUUGUGAAGGGUUUAAGACUGUUGGCUUUCUAACAAUUGGUGUAAGCAAAGAGUUUGAUACAGCAAUUCAAACAUUGAAUAUGAAGCAGUCAUAAAUUUAUUAAAAGAAAAAUAAUCAAAAAGGUGGCUAAGAAGCUUGCAUCUAGUUGAUUUAUUUAUGCAUGAGAUGCAUGUCUCUGUUCUUACGGCUGUUGUGUUUGUUAAAGAUCUGUAUUGGAUAACUGAUUUCUUACAGGGCUCACUAAAAAUAAGCUAACAUGAUAUAAUCCACGAUCACGUACAGGUCUAAUGUACAUAUGGAUAGCUUGAUACUGAGGUUAUAUUCAUUGCCUACAUCAUUUUGUUUAUAUAUAACCAUUAAUAAUUUGCAGCAGCUUUCCUGAGACAUGUUUUUGAAAAGAAUAAUUCAAACCCACCAUGUCCUUUAAUCUGCUAAAUAUUACAGCCCUCAACACCCAUUCGUUUGACUGUUUUUUCUCUUUGCUUUAUUUGCAGUCCUCUGAUUCUUGGGAACCUGUGGGACGUCACAGACCGUGAAAUCGAUCGUUACACAGUGGCAUUCUUGCAGAGCUGGCUUAAGGCUGGGCCCCGUGCACCCCUCCUAAAACAUCUGUCGGAGUCCCGCCAGGCACCCAAGUUGAGAUACAUAAUUGGGGCAGCACCCGUGGCUUAUGGCUUACCUGUGUCUCUCCGGUGACCUGAUUUUAGCAAAACAAUGAAUAAAGUGCUUAUUAAUUUAUUGCUCUUUUAAUAUGCUAUGCAAGUUGUACACCACUUGAAUGAAGAUGUUCCAAGUGAUCAGUAACAUUACUGAGAUCUGAGACUUUGUGCACACGAGGAUGUGUUACUGUUAAAUUACAUUUAGGUGGAUUGCAGCCUGUUCUCUGAAUUGUAUUUUCUUUUAUUUAUUACUUCAGUAGCUGAAUGAUCAGAUUAUUGGCUUCGAUGAAGGAAUUUGUAUUUAAUAUGGGAAAUCUAUGCAGGCAUUGGGGCAGAUUAAUUUACAGGCAGUAUGGGAGAACUUAACACUGCUCCCCAGUCCUGAAUUCACAGCAUUGUCUGACAUCUACCACUUUCUAUUAUCAUAGGAAAUAUGGGAGAGGGGGGCGGGGGGUAAAACUUCUAGAUUUGUACAUGGGGUAAAAUGCACAUAUAUUUAUUGUUUGAUUUUAAUAAUUUGAACACAGAUAUACUCAUCUUAAAUAGUUUUAUACCUAUUGAAAAACAUUACAAUUGUAUAUUUUAUGAAGCCGUUCAUUGCAGAACUAAAAG